GUGAAAUCUAGGGUUUGAUUUAUAAUCGCUUCUGGGCUCGAUUCCUCUUCUCCAAAUUCAUGAUGGACGUCUCUAAUUCGUGCCCUAAUUCAAUCGAAGCUAAUUGCAACGACCCUGCCGAUUCAAUCGACGUUGAUGAAGCCAACGAGAGUGAUUCCACCGUCACAAGUCUAGACGAUGACUCCGUGGUUGAUGUUUCCGGUCAAAGUCUCGAGCUUUCUCUUCUGGGUGGUUGUAAUCCAGACGAUUCUGUUAAAGGUCUCUACUUUUUCCGAAACGCUUUCAAUUUGAUUCCCAAAUCGAUCGGAGAGCUUGGGAGGUUGAAGAAGCUUAAAUUUUUCAGUAACGAGAUUGAUCUGUUUCCGUCAGAGUUAGGGAAUUUGGUGGAUUUGGAGUAUCUUCAGGUGAAGAUAUCGUCACCGGGUUUUGGUGACGGUUUGUGUUGGGAUAAGCUUAAGGGUUUGAAGGAGGUUGAGCUUGUUAAAGUCCCUAAACGUUCUUCUGCUUUGACUCUAUUGAGUGAGAUCUCUGGUCUUAGGUCCUUGACUAGGCUCUCUGUUUCUCACUUCUCCAUUAGAUAUAUUCCCGCGGAGAUUGGAUGUCUUAAGAGUCUGGAGUAUCUGGAUCUCUCAUUUAACAAGAUCAAGAAUUUGCCUAACGAGAUAAGUUACCUGACUUCAUUGAUGUUCCUGAAGGUUGCUCACAAUAGGCUGAUUGAGCUACCAUCGGUUUUAGCUUCAUUACAAAACUUGGAAAGCCUGGAUGUAUCAAACAACCGGUUAACAACUCUGGAUCCUCUUGAUCUAAGCUUAAUGCCUAGGCUUCAGAUUUUAAAUUUACAGUUCAAUAGGCUUCAGAGUGAUUGCUGCAUACCUGCAUGGAUACAGUGUGAUCUGGGAGGGAACUAUGAAGAGAUGGGAGUUGAUACUUGCAGCUCUAUAGUUGAAAUGGAUGUGUAUGAAACCGCGUAUGAGCACAACACCAUAAGUGUUACUCAUAAAGGUGCAUGCUCCCAUCGUAAUCCACUAAAUAUGUCAACUGGUGUUCCUUCAAUGGGUAGAUGCGUCUCGGCUCGAAAAUCAAGUAAGAGGUGGAAGCGGAAACAAAGGGCAAGGCAAGAGCGCUUGAAAAACAACAAGAAAUGGAAAGGUGGUAUCCCUCCCGAGGGAUUAAAUCUGAAGAUGUACAAAAUCAAAGAAACUAAAAAACAGGAGAGGAAGGUUUCACAGAACACUGAAAAAGAUUCAGUUGAUAGCAUCUGCUUGGAUGACAAUGAUAAAUUGUUAGAAGACGCUGAAAUAGAAGAUUCUGUCAUUACUUUUGAUGACGAGGAGAGCAGUUUGAAAGCUGAUUCGGUUUCUGAAAACCAAUCAACGAGUGAAAAAGAUAACAAGGAGUGUUGUGAGAUUAAGUCAUCUUCUCCCUCUUCAGGGGAUGCAGACUAUAGUUCUUCUUCAGAGAGAAAGAAACCAAAUCAGAGUUCGAAGAGAUGCCGUGAUAAGUACCUGGAUAACCCUAGAGGUUCUAAAUGCCAUAAGCCAUCUUCAGACAUUGCUAGUUUGUCUCACAAAUACAGCAGCAAUUCAUUUUGCAGCGCAGAAGAUUCUCUUCCUGAUGGAUUCUUUGAUGCUGGACGUGGUAGGCCCUUUAUGCCUCUCAGUAAGUAUGAGGAAAUUCUGCCCCUUGAUUCACGUGAAGUCAUACUCCUGGACAGGGCAAAGGAUGAAGUUCUGGAUGCAAUAACUCUCUCUGCUCGAGCCUUGGUAGCUAGAAUGAAGAUACUGAACUGUCCACCUGCAGAUGUAGAUCAAGUCUCCAUCAACAACUUGCAGGUUGCAUCAUAUCUUGCCCUUUUUGUGUCAGAUCAUUUUGGGGGAAGUGACAGAACCGCCAUUAUCGAAAGAACCCGGAAGGUUGCAGUGUCUGGUACAAACUACCAAAAGCCUUUUGUUUGCACCUGUGUGACUGGGAAUCAAGACGAUUCCGCUCCUCUUCACAAACAAGUUUCUGCAUGGACGGCUCAAGAUGUCGAUUUUUCUGAUGUGUGUGAAAAAUCAUUGCGUUCUAUUGAGUCCAAGCGGAACUCUAUAGUGGUUCCUCUAGGGAAACUACAGUUUGGCAUCUGUAGGCACAGGGCCUUGCUCAUGAAGUUUCUUUGUGAUCGUAUGGAACCUCCGGUGCCUUGUGAGCUUGUUAGAGGUUAUCUAGACUUCACGCCACAUGCCUGGAACAUUGUUCCUGUAAAGCGUGGUGACUCAUGGGUUCGUAUGGUGGUUGAUGCUUGCCGUCCUCAUGAUAUCAGGGAAGAUACAGAUCAAGAAUAUUUCUGCCGGUACAUUCCUCUAAAUCGACUUAAUGAAUCCAUUUGCACAAGAGCAAAACUGGAACCAGGAUGCUCUUUUCCUUCUUUGUCAACAAGUGAAGGAGUAGAAAGAGCUAAUAGUAGUCUUAUCCGUUGCAAGCUGGGCUCUACUGAAGCAGUUGCGAAGAUGCGUACAUUAGAGGUUUCUGGAGCUUCUGUAGAUGACAUUAGGACUUUUGAGUAUGCUUGCUUAGGAGAAGUGCGGAUUCUAGGAGCCUUGAAACAUGACUGUAUAGUGGAGUUAUACGGACAUGAGUUAUCUUCCAAGUGGAUAACCUCGGAAAAUGGAAACGAGCAUCGACGCAUAUUGCAAUCUGCUAUUUUGAUGGAACACAUAGAAGGAGGAUCUCUAAAGGGUCACAUUGAGAAGCUUUCUAAAGCUGGUAAGCAUCAUGUACCAAUGGAUCUAGCCUUGUCUAUUGCAAGAGAUAUCUCAGGGGCUUUAAUGGAGCUGCAUUCGAAGGAUAUAAUUCACCGUGACAUAAAAAGCGAAAACGUAUUGAUCGAUCUGGACAGUAAAAGAGCAAACGGAGAAGAACCUAUCGUGAAGCUUUGUGAUUUCGAUAGAGCUGUUCCGCUUAGGUCUCACUUGCACGGUUGCUGCAUUGCUCAUGUGGGAAUACAUCCACCUAAUGUAUGUGUUGGUACGCCACGUUGGAUGGCCCCUGAAGUCUUCCGAGCAAUGCACGAUCAAAACUUUUACGGACUUGAAGUGGAUAUCUGGUCAUUCGGGUGCUUAAUCUUCGAGCUCUUGACACUACAGAUCCCAUAUUUUGAUUCAUCAGAGCUUCAAAUUCAAGAAUCUCUACAGAAUGGCAAAAGGCCAAAACUACCAGAGGAGUUAGAGACGCUGGCCUCUGAAACGGAGGAAGAAGAAACAGCCAAUAAACUGAGUGAAGAGUAUGAUCUAACCGAAUCUGACUUGGACACAAUGAGAUUUCUUAUCGAUGUGUUUCACUGCUGCACGAUGGAGUCUCCUACAGGUACUUCCACCUCUUUUCAAAGCUCAAGCCUGUGAAGCUUUAAGCUUUAAAUGAAAGAGAGAUGAUUUAAGACUAGUCUUAGUCUUUUUAAGUUAACCAUUCAUUAGGUUAUGGGAUUAGAUUCAUGGCCAAAGCUUAUGGGAAUCACAGAACUAGAGCUGGUAUAAUUAUUUCAUGUAACUUUUUUUGUUUCUUUUUGUAACUCUCAGUAUAUCAUUUUAUUUGUAGACACCAUUGCUUCAUCUUAUAUCUUUUAUCAGAUCUUGAGAAUCAAAACAGAAAAUUGGAAUUGCUUGAAAAAAUAUUUUUGAUCAAUGACAACACAAACCAUGUUACAAACAUUAGAUGAAGUAUUCAAUCUCAUAACAACCUUUUAAAAAUGUAGUACAUAACCACAGACCAAGGACAACCUUUUGCCUUUGUAUCUGUAACAAAAAGUAGUUAGGUUUCAGUUUCCAUAUGCUGAAGACCAUUUAUCUACAUUUGAAAUUUACCGUUGAGGUAAAAAAAAUUGGCUAUGACUUAAAUACCAUCUGAUGAACAUAUCUCUCACCCAUAACCCUGACAACCUGAGCACAUGCAGAGAAACUCUGUUCUCUGUAGGUUCUUGUGCCUCUCUUAGGUUUCCUCAAGUUUUGUCUCAUACAACAGAGCCUAAACCCUUGGCUUCUGAACCUUUCAUGAUCCUUAAUCUCUUGCAACUGCAUACAAACAUCCUGCAACAAGAAACAAAAAGAAACCAUAAGAACACUUAAUUUUUUUUUGGUUUUGUGAAGUUCUUUUUUUGAUAGAUAUAUAAAGAAGACUUAC